AUGGAAUACAUGUAUCUAUUGAACAUUGGUUUAGAACUGUUUACAGAUGAACAGAUCGAAAAGGUCGUUGGAGACACGAAGGAUUUGGUUGUGUGCUUCGCCUACCAUCUCCUCUCAAUGCCAUUCUGGAUCGUAUUGAGUGCUUCCUUGGCCGUCAAGCAAAUGGUAAUCCUACCUCGCAUGCAGAAGCAUUACAAGCGAACCCUCGGGGAAAGGACCAAGCUACGCAAGCGACGGCUCCGCGAUACAUUAAACGAUCCAGUGCUGACCUUGCAAAUGGAAGAUAGCAUUCUCUUGCGACCAGACAUUCAAGGCGACCGACACAAGAUGCUGCAAUUCAUGCAACAGAUUCGAGACCAUGCCAAUUCACCGGAUGAAGAUCAGGUUGAUGAUCAAGACGAAAAACGCGACAAUACCACCAAGGGGCUAGAAAAGUACGAAGCUGCCUUGGUUCUGUGCAGAGGGACCAUUGUCCUAUCCGUCUUGUUUUAUUGUGCGUGUACAACCUCUAGCUUCUUUAGUGCCAUACACACCACUUCUUUCGGCUGGGGUUCUGAUCUGGAUGACAGCACCUUGGUUAGUACUUACAUGUACGACCCUUUGUACAUGUACGACCCGAAGUCCUCCAUCCCUUAUUACAAAACUUACAAAAUUUACAAGAGGCAACAUGAUGAUAUCCGCAUGUUGGAGUUGGACAUACAGAAUGCUAUGUACAACUUCUGUGACGAUGGCAUGGAGUUCCUGUACACAGUCUGGUUCUGCUUGAUUCACAUGGCGCACAGCUACAAGAUUCUCUAUGAUGCAUCUGCCCACAAGAAGAGGAGCAAGUCCACAUCUACGCGCCAGAGGGAAAACACUGAAAAGAAUGACAACGUCCCAGAUCUGGAGCAGCCCUUGCUAGCUAGCUAGCAGCGCAGACGCAUUGGUCAGGAAUGCCGACGGUAGCCUUCCAACCCAAUAAGGACGAUUGAAUGAUUCAAUCAUUAUGUUGCGUAGAAUGGAAUGCCAAGAUCGCUCGUAGCUUGAGCUGAUUUUUGGGGCAUUUUCUAAUAGAACGUCAGUGACGCCAACGAGACUACACCCCCCCAGCUUCAUAAGGCCCCAAGCCACAGUGGAGA